AUGUUCCACAUUUUCAUUAUUUUUGCAAUACUUCCUUUUGAAUCUAGUGGAGUUAUGCUAACUUUCUACCAGACUUAUGAUUCAUCAAGUUGUACUGCACUGUCUACACUUUCUUGGGAUGAUUGUGUCACAAAUUGUAAUGAUAAUGUUACUUGUUUUGUGAGUUAGGGGGAGGGGUGAAGUUAGGUUAAGUCAAUUAUUUCAUUCAGUACGCCUCAUAUAUACCAAAUCGCAAAAUAAUAAGUUGCUGGCAAAAUUGCCCCGGAAAUCAAUAA